UAGUAAGAUGGCUGCACAUGCGGCAUCGGCGGUUUCCUGUCGCUUGGCAUUGUGGGAACUAUAAUGGUGGCUUCCACAGUUUGAAGACUGUCAGUUGGUGAUGAUGAUAAGACGUUUGUUGUUCAGACUGAAGCCUGCAACGUGGAAGCAGUGUCUCCAUGAGAUUCAUACUCUGAGAUGGAGAGAUACUCAUGAUCUGCAGCUACGCUCAAGUCUGGUUACCUGGGGGCAAAGCUGGUUACCUGGGAGCAUCAACAAAUUCAACCUGCCACUUAAUAGGCUUUUAGCAACUAAAAGGCAAGAUAAGUGUAAGAUUGCUCCAAAGAAGCAAAAGCAAGUGAAAAAAGAAGUGGAGAUAAAGCAAAAGAUGACUGUCACUGAACUUGCAGAAGCAAUGGAUAAAGAUAUAGAUCAUGUAUUUGAGGCUCUACUCCACACAAAUAUUGACAUAGACUCCAUUGAACAGGAUUUGCUCUUAGAUGAAAAAUGGAUUAAAGAGGUUAUAAAGAAAUCUGGAAUGAAAUUUAAGUGGGCAAAACUUGCAGAAGAAAAAGUGAAAGAAAAUAAAGAUGCGGUGAGGAGGCCACCUUCAGAUCCAGUUAUGUUGGUUCCCAGGUCACCAGUGGUUACUAUAAUGGGUCAUGUUGAUCAUGGAAAAACAACGUUACUUGACUGUUUGAGGAAAACCCAGGUUGCUACUAUGGAAGCAGGAGGUAUCACUCAACAUAUUGGAGCAUUUCUUGUGCACUUACCAUCUGGUGAAAAGAUAACCUUUCUAGAUACACCAGGCCAUGCUGCCUUUUCCGCAAUGAGAGCCCGUGGUGCUAAUGUGACGGACAUUGUGAUACUAGUGGUUGCUGCAGAUGAUGGAGUAAUGGAGCAAACCGUAGAAUCAAUUCAACAUGCUAAAAAUGCUAAUGUUCCAAUAAUUCUUGCAGUAAACAAAUGUGACAAACCAGAAUCAAAUCAUGAAAAAGUAAAAAAGGAGUUGUUAGCUUAUGAUGUGAUUUGUGAAGAAUAUGGUGGUGAUGUUCAGUCCAUAAAUAUAUCAGCCCUUAAGGGAGACAAUUUGAUGGCUUUAGCUGAGGCUGCUAUUGCUUUGUCGGAAAUGUUGGAGUUGAAAGCUGAUUGUACAGGACCUGUUGAGGGUGUUGUUAUUGAAUGUCGGAAUGAUAAAGGAAAGGGACCAGUCACCACAGCUAUUAUCCAACGUGGAACGUUAACGAAAGGUUGUAUCCUGGUGGCAGGGAAGAGUUGGGCUAAAGUACGGUUAAUGUUUGAUGAGAAUAACAAGCCAAUGAAAGCUGCUGAACCAAGUACCCCAGUGGAGAUAAUUGGUUGGAAGGAACUUCCAUCUGCUGGAGAUGAAAUUCUUGAAGUGGAAUCAGAGCAAAGGGCCAGAGAGGUGUUAGAUUGGAGGAAGUAUGUUGAGACACAAGAAAAACUUAAACAAGACCUUGAGGUGAUUGAAGCAAAACAGAAGGAACACCAGGAAAUGUACAAGAAGGAACGGGAGAGCUUUACUAGCAUGAGCUGGAGACGGAGAAAAUCGGCUAUGUACAAGGCCAAUAAACAUCUAAUGGCAACAAGGCCUAAAGAAAGGACUGAGACUGAUGAGCUUUCACUUCCAAUAAUAAUAAAAGGUGAUGUUGAUGGUUCUGUAGAGGCCAUUCUAAACAUCCUUGAUAGUUAUGAUGCUGAUGAACAGUGUAAACUCAAAGUGAUUCACUUUGGUGUUGGAGAUAUCAGUGAAAAUGAUAUUGUUUCAGCAGAGAUUUUUUCAGGUCUUGUGUUUGGUUUUAAUGUAAAUGCAAGCAAAGAAGUACAACAGAUGGCUACCAAGAAAGGAAUAAAAAUCAAAUUGCAUAAGGUUAUCUAUAAACUCAUUGAUGACCUCAAGGAUGAACUGAGUGAUAAGUUGCCACCAGAUCUUGAAGAAAGUAUAAUAGGAGAAGCAUCAGUGUUGGCACUCUUCCAUGUAACAAUAGGUAAAACAAAGGUUCCUGUAGCAGGGUGCAGAGUCCAGAAGGGUCAGUUGCACAGAAAGAUGAAGUUUAAGCUCAUCCGUGAUGGAAAUAUUUUGUGGAAGGGUUUUCUCACCUCUCUCAAACAUCUGAAGGACGAUGUCCCAGUUGUGAAGACAGGGAUGGAAUGUGGCCUCAGCUUGGAUAAAGACCUUAAUUUUAAGCUUGGUGAUGAAAUUAUUUGUUAUGAAGAAAAACAAAUUCAGCAAAAAAUAUCUUGGGAUCCAGGAUUUUAAACUUGAUUACUACAAGAGCCUAAGAAUUUUUAAAUUGAAUUAAAUUGCACUGUUAAUAUAAAGACCAGUGAAAUGACCAAAUGGAAGAUUUGAUAAUGAUGUAUUCAGCUUUUUGUUUAGAAAACUGGCCAACAUGAAAUGUGUCUAAGUUUUUCAUUGGGAACUACUUUGAAGGAUGGUGAAGGUUAAUUCAGUGGAUCCACGCAGACACCAUUUUGAAUGUAACAAGAUCCUUGAAGUUACUGUCUGGUAUGAAUAUUGCAAAGUCUUGCUACGGCCUGGAGAGUUUUAAAGCCACAAUUUGAAAUGUUCUUCAUAUAAUGUUGUGUGCAUUUUUGCUCCCUGGUGCCAGGUUAAACAUUAAUUAGCAAUGAAACAUAACAAAAAGAGGCUAAAUAUGAAUCUAGAUACCAAUGAUAUAUCUGGUAAUGUACAUGAUGUAAUUGUCUCCUUUGUGCUUUUCCAUUGAAGGAAUGUUGUUGGCCAUUGGCAGUAUUCAACAUAAAGUAUUUGGCUCAGAAUCCCAAUGGUAUUGAAGAACAAGAUUUUCACAAGACUCAACUGCAAUUGAAUCUCCAUUUAUAACUAGCAGUAUGCAAAAUAAAGGAGUAGUACUUGCAGUUACAGGUCUUCCUUGGAAUUUAAAAAUGGUUAUAGCAAACAAAGAUUCAACUAAGCUUGUUAAAAAAAAUUCAUAUACUUCCAGUAGAUUUAGAUACUGAAUCUAAUUUUAAAUAUCAAAUGGAAAGAACCUUAUAAUUGCAAAAUUGUUUUCUCCACUUUGUGUCUUUGAGUUGGUCUGAAAAUUAGAUACAAGUUGAAGUAACUGUAGGGUGCUUGAGCACGUUAUGGUGAUGGAAGGCACAAUAGGAUUUCAUUCUGGGACUAUUUAGCAUUGAUAUGGGUAUAAUAAUUUAUUAAGAUUAUUGCCAAAGAAUUGAAAAUGAUAGAGACAUAAUCACACUUCUGCGUUGGAAUACUGAGACUGUAAUAAGUCCAAAAGCAGAGGGCGUAGGUUUAAGGUGAGAAGGGAAACUUGUAAAAGGGGAGAGGUUCCUUGUGGUUUUCUAUUGGAGAGGUUAAUUAUGUAAAAAUUAUUAAGAGCCAACACUGAUAAAAUAAUGUAUCAAUAUAGUCUGGUAACAUAAUUUAUACAUGAAAAAGUGCAUGAAUGCUUUGUUACAGAAUGCAAAUCCAACUGUAUCCUGUUGCAGAUCCUUGCAAUCAAUUACAAGUGUAACCCUCUAACGCCUGCUUGCCAUUUGGGCAUUCCUGAAAACUACUGUGAUCAUGUAAAUUGAGGAAUGUGUAUCAAAUCAGAUGAAGAUAAUAGAGCUUGAAUUAUUUCUCAAUUACUUUAGUCUUUCGAUAACCUACCUGGUAAUCAGCCAUAGUCAAAUGUAACUCCACAAUGGUUACUUUGCUCAAAAUUCAGUCAUUUUAGCAUCUAUUUUUAUAGAUUUGGCUAACUUCAUUAAUUAUUUUUAGAUCUGCAAUUUACAGCAUUGGGAAAAAGACCAGCAGAUGACACUAUAAAAUACAAAAUGGUCAAUGUGAUGUACUUUGAGAGUGACAGGGUAAGAAAGCCCCAUGUUUGCAUAUGUUUUCUGUUUAUGAAAGUACUUAUCUUGCAUACAAGUAGUCAGCUAAAUUGUACUUAAAACAGGAAAGCAUUUUUUGAUAGAGGCAGUAAAUCCAAGUAACCCAAUGGACUAGCAAAGAAUGAAAUGGAAACAGCAAUGGUGACUGCAGUAUCUUUGUUUUCUUUUACCCCACCCAAGCUCCAAAAAGAUAUAUUUUAUACAUCAAUAAUUUGAGUUCUGGAUUUCAAAACAGAGGCAGAAGGAUGUGGGUCAGAUCUGCGAAGGUCAUUUCUUUAAACAAUUUAAAAAGUCAAUUGAACAGUGUCCAAAAUGCAUCAAUUCCAAGAAGACAUGUGACUGCAGUCAGAUUCCUUGGAGAAUCCUUCUGGCAUUAAUGGAUUGAGUGUUUAUAUUGCUGACAAAAGGCUGAAAAACCACAGUUUAGUUUUGACUUCAGAAAAGAAGAUUCAAGGUUAUUGUUCAGAAGGGAGAAAAGUUUCUCCUAGGAGGUACAUCACGCAUCUUUUCGAGGGAGCCAGUCACUCUAACCAAAGUGUUUUCAUGUGAACUUCCAAGUUACUUUGAAUAGAAACUUUCUUGGAGCUGAAAAUAUUCAUGGGGAAGGAUGUUGUGAAACUUGAAAGGGUUCAGAAAAGAUUUACAAGGAUGUUGCCAAGGUUGGAGCAUUUGAGCU